AAUGUUGCACGAAAAUCGCCAAAAUCAUGGCGUCGGCGGCGAACCGCAGGCAUACGACUUAACUACAGCUGAUGGCUUAAGCCGCCUGCCCUGUCCAUUCACAGGAACGACCUGGUAAUAUUCACACUCUUCCCGUGCUGCGGGGACGUCCAGCCUGUGUCAGCAGAGGAGAUAUGCACGUGAAGGUUGGACGCCUCCAUCUGUCUUUCUGUCCUCCCUCCCACCGGUGUUCAAAAUGCCGCCGGUCGAGCGUCAUGACGAGCUUCUUGGGCGGGGCUGCCUCGUCCUUGUACACCAACCACUGGGUGUCACCACACAAGGGCACAGAGCAAUGAGACGGACCGACACACCACUGACUGAUUGCAUUUGUGGCUGUCGCACCUUGGCGACGGUGGUGGCCCCAUUCCAGCUGAAGUGGAUCCUCGGCAUCUUGUCCUUGUUGCUGCUGUCAAGGACGAGGGAUGGCGGCCAGUGCGGCUCGCCCCACCACUGGUCAUACGUGUACUUGUGGGCGCUGUGGCUGUUCUGCCCGUCCUCCAAAUACAUCUCCAUCACUACCUCCCCUGUGCACGCAGGAAAGAAACGCAUGGGUGGGCCACAUGUACAUUGUCUGUCUGUCUGUGCCCAUGCUCCAACCAUUCGGUUUGACUUCGGUGUAGAAAGGCGCUGCCCAGUUCCUGAAGCUGCAACGAGAGAACGGAGCCGUCAGCGGACACAGUGAUGCCAAACCAAACACUGAGUGGUCCCUACCCGGGCCCGACUCCCAUGCCUCCCCAGCAGACGACUGUGUUGCCAUUGGCGAGCCUGUAUAGAGAUCGGACAGACGCAGUCCGUUGGUGUCCUGUACCAUGUCAGCUUUCACUGAGUACAGACCUCUGUGUGCUCCCGUUGGCCAGCGAGUAGAUGCUGCGAUUGGCACUGUACUGCCAAAUCUUAGUGGCGGUUUUGCCCUUGUGGUCGAGCUCGUACUCGACGGCUCUCGCAAAGCCCUCAUCCGACUCGACGUGGUUAUCGAGCAUUAGAAUCCCUGGUGGACAAGGACAGGAAGGCAUAUGAAUGGGCUACUGGUCGACCAGAAGGACGUGUGCUCAUCCGUACUGUUGGUCUCCCUCUCUUGCGCAUCGUGCUGCAGAGUGAAGGGGCGGUGCUCGUUGGUGUACUUGAAGUCGCUGAACCCAUGAUGGGCGCCGAAUCGCCACAUGAUGUCGCCGGUGCCCCUGUCGACCUUGAUCACGCCUAUGUGCACGAAUGCCACGCAGAUAUGCAAUGCUGCUGAGUCCGUGUGUUGGGUGCUGACCCAUGUGCCUGAAUGAGAUGAUGAUGUUCCCGUCGGCUGCCCACGACGCAGCGUUAGGAUGCUGACAGCAGCAUAUAGGCAUGUUGUAUGCAUGACGAGAGAUGAGAGCCUGGCCAGGCCCUCUCCUCACCGCUAGAUUGCCAUCUUUGUUGCGCACGGUGUAUUUGAGCAUCUGCUCGACGGUUAGGUGGUCCCACUAAGCACAAAGAAACCAAGGGGUAAAAAUGGGCGCGCACAUCUGUGUACGUUAGCUACCAUUCGCCAUUCGAAAAUGACGUUGCCGUGUUUGUCUUGCUCCGUGACAGUAGCCCCGCGUAUGAAGACCCUGUUACCCUUGGCAUCGCGGGCCUCUUGCGGGUCGACG